AUGGAGGACAAGUAUCAUCGGCCAAUCGCAAUGGACACAUUCUUGAGCUUGGCAGGACUAGGGAAACUCAAGGACCAACAGCAGAUUGCCCUCAAGCUGCACAAGGCCUUCCCAAAUGAAACGCUCUACCUCAACUGGGCCCUUCUCCCCAUGCUCCUCCAGGCGCCCAAUCGAUGUAAUGGCCAUGCCGGCACACGGAGUCCGAUCUCAGUUUCAAUCGCUCAUCGUUGUCUCCAGACACUCUUGGAUCAGUUUAUCAAGCUAAACAAUCAACCAUCACAUCCGCCCGAACUCGAGGAUCCCAACAAUCUUUGGAUGGUCCUCAAAGUCUUGGAGAUGGUCGGACAAUCCCACCCGGAAGAUGACCAUUCCAAGAUCCUCGGAAUCGGCAAGUUGAAGUAUCCAGAAUCCCUCUUCCAGCCAUCAUCCACUUCCGAUCAAUUGAACACGGCCACAGCAAGCUCGGGCGCAGAAGCCUCAACUAUCUCCCAACUGGCGAGUCUGUCUGUGGAGUCUUCUCCAGGCCGGGCACGUCUUAUAGAGUCUAGGCGCCCUGAAAAUCCAGAGUACAUUUCACUGGCAAGGGAGGACUACUUCAAAAUAUUCGACAGCAGUUUGGGUCAGAUGAUGAGAAUCAAGUAUCUCAAUCUAGAACUCAUGUGGCGACAGCGCGCCGUUGAGUGGGCAAAUCCUACAGGCUUGAAAGAGCUCAUUGCUCGGAUGAAGCAGCGGCUAGAAUCAGAUGACCAUAACUGGAGCACGAUGACCACGUUGAAUCAGAGUGCUUCAAAUUUGCUUCGACUUGAAGAAGAAGCGGGCGUCAAUGAAUACAAUUUGAUCGACACCCUAUACCUCGAACUGAACGCAAAACAACAAGCUGAAAAAUGUAGUGACAGGGGCUAUGCCCUAGCUCGGGUCGACCUGAGGUGCCGCGUACGAGAUCCGUCACUUUCUGAGCUGAAGAAGAAUUUUCACCCACUUUCAGAAAAUUUGGACAAGGUCGUAUUCGCCUACUAUGACCAAUUUGGUGAAAAAAUAUGCUGCUUUGACGAUCUGGUACCAUACCUUAAAUUAUUGACGGCUGAUGAGGCCAACAAACUUGGAGCCGCGUUGUGUCAAACCAGCAGGAGUGAAAGUGACCAGUGCUCUUCCUCAUGUGAGGCAUCUCUUCGGAAGCAAAUCAACCUGGAAAAGAUCCUCCGAUCUAUUAGCUUGCCUCCUCGGGACCAGCACGCCGCUGAAGCCACGAGACUCAUGAGAAGCUACUUCAAAUAUUUACCGUUGGGUAAUGACUUGCCCACCACGACUCUUCAGCCAGCCGAUGGUAUGGCUAUCUUGGCCGCGCAAGCGUUGAUAGAAGACUAUGAAGGUCUCAAUGGCAGUGUUGCGAAUUUGUAUGCCGCGAUCUACAUCUUAGAAGAGUGCUUGGCUAAGAGUCCUGCACAAUACCAGGCUCGCAGCUUGUUGAUUCGUCUUCACAGGCUCAUAGGAAACUUGCCCCGAAGCUUAAAUCUCUUUGUCGGAUUUGGCAUCAAGCACAUUCAAUACGACACUUUGAGCCAUCUCGGCUUAGAUAGGUCCUCAAUCUUCUUCAGUCAUCACUUCCUUCCUAGUGGUGAAGAAGACGAACAGAGUAAACCUCUACGCGUUCUCGAUUUAAUCGAGUACCCCGCUUCAUUUUACGAAUACAUAGAAUCCGAUACCUCAACCUGGAUCAACAAUUGUUACAUGAGUGGAAAUUAUAUCAAGGUCGAGGAUCUGAGUUUCUUCAAGCGCCAAAUCAACGUUUCAUUGCAAAGGAAGGUCCUACGUAUGGAACGGAUCCGAUUGUUGCUUUUUGAAAAGACUAGGUUGUCGCUGAGCACCUCGAAGAAAAACGGGACGACGCGGAUGAGGUCGGAGUCCGAUGACGGUACCCCAAUCUGGGAUGAAGACGAGGUCGAGAUGAACCUAUUCGAAGUCUUGCAAGAUUGCCAGUCGACAAUAGACAAUCGGGAUUUCACUGUGAUACCCGAUUGCCGUUCGUGGUCCAGUUCGGGAACUUGCCACCAGACAAGUUUGGGGCCAAUGCUAGGAAAUCGUUGGCUGUGGAUUUUAAGUACUACCUACGCCCGGAUAAUUACGCCGCAUUUGAAAUUUCUCGACCAUCCAUCUCUUUCCCAGCCCGAUUUCUUCUCAGAGUGCUCUUCAUUCGAAGUCGACCUAUACCAAUAUUCGAAGACGUUGUCAACAUUACUAGGAUCUGCUCAACCUAAUCUCCUUGACUCUCAAUCUCAAAGCCUGGUCGAUUUUUUCCAACGUCGUAACGAUGAAGUCGAAGCUUUGAGCAAGCCAUCCACCGAUCUCUCAGGAAGACCAGUCCCUCCCUGCCAACUGCUGGCUAUCAUUCAUAGUGUGUAUGAGGGCUUAUGUUUAUUUGAGUUUGCACACGAACAAUACAUCUGUAACUCAUCACCCUCCAAAGGGAACAAAGUUGUCAACAAGACGUUAAAAGCCACCAAGACGAAAAUCAUCAGUCAGUUGAAAACUCUAGACGUUCUUAUCCAAAAAAUUCUGGAUCAAAUGGAUGGAGAAUCCGAAGAGAAAAACCCAAGUCCGACUCCGGCGAAGUGUUUAUUCGCCUCGCCCCAGAUUCAGUUUCCUUGCCGAGAAGAGCCCAGCCAUGAUUUUGGAACGGACGCUAGAUGGAAGGAAUCGCUGCUCAAAAUCUAUCGGGAUCAGCGAGGAACUUUGGCCGGAUGGCAUUCACUCAUCAAGUUAUUCCUUUGA